AAAAAAAAUCUAGUCAAUUUCCCUCCUGAUUGCAGCAGGAUACAUACCAACUUUGGUUCGUUUUGAUUGGUGCUUUUACAUCCAAAAUUCAAGCAUGGGAAAAAGAUCGCUUGGAGAUGCGAUCGAGCCAGCAGAAAGUCUCGUGCGAAAAAAAAGCAAGAAGAACAAGCAUGGCGACAUUCCGCCUGAGUCGGAGACUGCCACAAUCGUUACCGCUGCUCCAUUCAAACUCGCGAAGACUAAGUCUACAACUGAAGCCAAGAGCAAGACAGUAAACAAAGAAAAGCAGUCAGGAACUUCAUUCGUGGACGACGAAGAGAGUCAGAAGAAGGCCAAGGCAGCACGGAAAGAAGCUAAAAGAGCCAAAAAGGCCGCUCUGGCGGCGCAAAACACUCCUCCAUUGAAAAACGACUUGACCGAAAAUGAUACUGCCAAUGAGGACGCAAAGGCCACUCGAAAGGCUGCGCGCAGAGCUGAGAAAGAGCAGGCCAAAACUGAGAAGCUGAACAAAUCCUUGGGCACACCCAAAAGUUCUGGAGAUGUCAACACUGCUGCAUCAAUCCCGUUGAAGUCCUCCACCAAGUCAGCCUUCAGAUAUGUUCAGAACUCAGAGUUAGCAGCUCUGUCCCAAGCAGCAAUCGACAAGUACCUGGCUUCAAACGAAAUUACCAUUACGGAUCCCCUUUCUCAAUCAUCUCUCCGGCCUAUCACCCAAUUCUCAUAUCUGCCAAUUUCUGACAAGAGUCAGCUUGCGCCAUUUGCUUCCUUCGAUUCUCCAACACCUAUACAAGCGGCGGCUUGGCCAUGCCUCCUAUCCGGACGCGAUGUCAUUGGUGUUGCUGAAACAGGGUCCGGGAAGACGUUUGCCUUCGGCGUUCCUUGCAUACAAGCUAUCUUGGCCACUGUCAAAAUGGGCCCAACAGUCAACGGCGUCCGAGCCCUGGUUGUUUCGCCUACACGAGAGCUAGCUUCCCAAAUUCAUGAGCAAAUCACACAGAUCGCAAAACCUGCUGGUCUCCAUGUGGCUUGUAUCUAUGGUGGGGUGCCUAAAGAACCACAAUAUGAGGCUAUGAAGAAAGCGAACAUCGUCGUGGCAACUCCUGGGCGUUUGAACGACCUGAUUAGCGAGGGCGUAGUAGACCUCGGUCAAGUCCAAUAUAUGGUACUAGAUGAAGCUGACCGCAUGCUCGAGAAAGGAUUCGAGGAGGAAAUCAAGAAAAUCAUUGGCCAAACCUUACCUGUUGGGAGACAGACUCUUAUGUUUACUGCAACAUGGCCGCCGUCUGUCAGGGAUCUGGCUAUGACUUUUAUGAACAAUCCCAUCAAGAUCUCCAUCGGAGAUAACCCCACUGGGGAGCUCCGCGCCAAUACACGUAUCAUCCAGCAGGUCGAAGUAGUCGAACCGUAUGUAAAGAACACGCGCUUGAUGGAGCUUCUCAAACAGCAUCAGUCUGGCAGGAAGAAAGAUGACCGGAUUCUUGUGUUUUGUUUGUAUAAGAAGGAGGCCACGCGUGUUGAAGGAUUCAUCAAGUCGAAGGGCUUCCGGGUGGCUGGUAUACAUGGGGAUCUAAGCCAGGCACAGCGGACAGCUAGUCUAGACUCUUUUAAGAAAGGCAGCGUCCCGAUAUUGGUGGCGACUGAUGUAGCUGCUAGAGGUCUCGAUAUACCCGCGGUCAAGGUGGUCAUCAAUGUGACGUUCCCCCUUACAGCAGAGGACUAUGUGCACAGGAUUGGCCGCACCGGAAGAGCAGGUCAGGAUGGGCUCGCCGUUACGCUGUUCACUGAGCAUGACAAGGGCUUGUCUGGAGCGCUAAUCAACGUACUCAAGGCGGCUAAUCAACCAGUUCCAGAGGAGCUGCUCAAAUUCGGCGGAACUGUCAAAAAGAAAGGGCAUGAAGCUUAUGGUGCUUUCUACAAGGAUACGGGUGACAUGAAAAAGGCCACUAAGAUCACUUUUGAUUGAGUCUGUUAUACUUUGCUAGAAAGCAUAUCUAAUAUCAAAUAAACUGUUUGGAAUGAAUGGUAAACAUCUGGGAUGGCUGCGUUGAGCAUUGAUCAUGGAUUGACAGGCCUAUACUGUACUGAUCGUAUUACUUAUGACUUUGAUACCACGUACGUUUCCUUGGACUCUGGUCUGAAC